AUGGAUAAUGUGCCUAAGGACGUUUUCCAGGACGUCGCCACACGCUGGAAUUCUACAUAUGACAUGAUGUCAUGUCUCCUGGAGCAACGCCGCGUUGUUUCCGAUAUUAUGUUAGAUCCAAAGUUAAUAAAGAAGGCCGACUGUGAACUUUACUUAGAAAACGCUGAUUGGAAUUUAUUAUCAGAGUUGUGUUCUAUUCUUGCGCCCUUCAAAUCUACUGCUGAGUAUAUGUGUACAGAGAAAAAUGUGUCAGUGUCUGAAAUUUAUCCCAUUGUCAGUGGAUUAGUCAGUAAGAGAUUGGUAGAGUCUACAGAUGAUAGUGCCACCGCCCCCGAGGUUAAGCGGUUGAUCCGUGACGAUCUCAUGUCUCGUUACGGACCUACAGGUCAUGUAGCUCCGACUUCCCUCCCAGCACUUGGGGCAUUGCUUGACCCCCGACAUAAGAAACUAACGUUCUUCACCUCUGAGCAACGGAAGAAAACUCAUGCUAUCCUCGAGUCUCGUUUGGACGAUCUUCCGUUACGUCUACCCGUCAAUCCACCCGAGAACUGUGAACAAACUCCAAAACGUGCUAGAAAACUGGACUUCAUAGAUUAUGGAUCACCUGAUCGUUCAGAAAUUGAGGAUGAAUUACAAAUGUACUUAUGUGAGAAAAGUGUACCGGAUUGUGAUCCACUUGUGUGGUGGAAAGAAAAAGGAAGUACGUUUCUAAAAAAUUUCACAUGUAGCAAAGAGUGUUCUGAGUGUGCCGGCGACUUCCGUACCUUCCGAACGUGUGUUCAGCUGUGCCGGCACACUCUUGAACAAACUUAG